AUGUGUGAUCUGAGGCGUGGACAGCGUGUGGAUGCAGAGGACGUGGUCGAUUUUCAGCUUUUUGCGCCCAUUGUGGCUGCAGUUGAGAUUCCGGAGCACUUGCAGACUUUGACGCUGGAUAUGUAUGGGGCCGACACUGACCCAAUAGAUCAUUUACGGUAUUUUAAUACUAAGAUGGUCAUUGGAGGGGCGACUGAUGCGGUAAAGUGCAGGUUAUUGCCUUCCACAUUUAAGGGUGUGGCAAUGACUUGGUUUAUCAAACAUCCUCCAUAUUCCAUUUCAAACUUCACCAAUUUUUCAACUAAGUUCUUAACACAAUUUUCAGCCAAUCAAACUCAAAAGGCGACCCCGACUGAUUUGUUCAACAUUCGUCAGCACGUGGGCGAGUGCAUCAAAACAUACAUGGCUCGUUUCAGUCGAGUCUCAGUUCAGUUAGAGGAUGCCAGUCCAGAAGUAUGUGUGGCGGCCUUUAAGAACGGACUCAGGUGUGGGUCGUUAAACAAGGACCUAACCAGAAGACCUGCCAAGGACAUGAUGGACCUACGUGCCAGGGCACAGGAAUCCAUCCUGGUGGAACAAGAUGAACAGACCAAAAAAGAUAGAGACAACUGGCGUACCCAACCUGAAGCUACAACAGAAAAAGAGCGUGCUUCGAAAGAUCAGCGUCCGGCCCAAACGCCGUGCCAGCCUAGGCCCAUGCCAUAUCCAUCAGGAAGACAGGGGCCACAAGGUAACACUUGA